AUGGAUGUAAAAAUUGAACCAGAAAUGACGCUCGAACAGCCAGCUGGAGAGAUGUGGAAGAAGAUCAGGGAGGAGCUCAACGAGAACCCAGACACCAGAGACCAAGACCUGGAACACAUUAAAGAGUGGCUCAAGAAGGAACCGCAUCUACCUGACGAAUUUGAUGACCAGCGUCUCAUGACAUUCCUGCGGGGCUGUAAAUUCUCCCUGGAGAAGACUAAGCGCAAAUUGGAUAUGUACUUUACCAUGAGGACUGCUGUGCCCGAGUUCUUCACCAAUAGAGACGUUAAACUGCCCGAACUACAGGAGAUUUUACAGAUCGUUCAAAUGCCACCACUUCCGGGUCUCACUCCAGAUGGUCGCCGUGUCGUACUGAUGAGAGGUUUGGACAAAGACGCGCAAACUCCAAACGUGGCGGAUGCCUUUAAGCUAGCUCUGAUGAUGGGAGACGUAAGGCUCAAGGAAGAAAAGGAAGGCGUAGCUGGAGACAUUUACGUACUCGAUGCAUCCGUAGCCACUCCCACACACUUCGCCAAAUUUACACCAACGCUUGUCAAGAAGUUCCUAGUGUGUGUGCAGGAAGCCUACCCAGUUAAGUUGAAGCAAGUGCACAUCAUCAACGUCUCUCCGCUUGUGGACAAAAUAGUGAACUUCGUGAAACCUUUCCUCAAAGAAAAGAUCAGAGAAAGGAUCUUCAUUCACGGUGACGCAAACGACCUAUACAAACACUUUCCACAAGAGAUGAUGCCUGCCGAAUACGGUGGCAAAGCUGGACCCAUGGACGAUCUUCACAAUGCAUGGGUCAAGAGACUAGAAGAGUACACUGAAUGGUUUGCUGAACAUGAAAGCAUUAAAGCAAACGAGGCCCUAAGACCUGGAAAGCCAACUAACUAUGACGAACUAUUCGGAAUCGAUGGAUCCUUCCGUCAAUUAGUCAUUGAUUAA